GGAAAAGUAGGAGGAGACGAAGACGAUAACGGACGGACUGUCACCCAAUCCAACGAAUGAAAAAAAAUACCAGUAAAGAAAACCCAUUUCCUCUCGCGGUGACCAGUCUCAUUCAUUCCCGCGGAACACGACGAUGGUGUGAGUGCUACAGACCCAGAAGAAGAAGGUAAAUAAACAAUUUCAGCAGCUGCCCGGAGAAAUUAGUAGAUUGUCGAAACAAAAAAUAGAAAGGGGGAAGCCUUAGAAAAAAUGGUGUCUAUUGGAGAUUCCUUGCGAUAUACGGUGAUUCAAUUUGGCGUGUGUCUGUUGGGCAGUUAGAUAUGCCAACAGAGUCGGGUGAUAGGAAGUCGGAAGGUUCAAGAUCUCUUCUUCUUUCGAGAAGGACAAGGACUGGAAAUAGAGAAGCGAUCACAUAGUGAGAAGAAAUGGGGAAGCAGAGAUCACUGAGGAGCAAAGCAGUUCAUUUCGUGUCUGAUCUGACCACUGGCCUUCUCAACCCUAUCUCUGAUAAGCCUUCUUCGAACAACCAUCCUCCCCCUUCAUCUCAACCUGAAAAUCAGGGCGACCAGAAAACAAGUUCUCUAGAAUGGAUCACUGAAGAAGAGAAUGAAGAUCUACUUAAUGGGCCAGAUACAUCGUCGUUCAAGGCAUUUCUCUAUUCUUUGUUGUCUGCUUCAGAGCCUGGAAGCAAAGCUGAAUCAGAUGCUGCAAAUGAACAUCAAGGAGGAUUGGGUGGGGAUCAACCAUCAGACAGUGAAACGAAAGGGAACACAGGGAAGAAAGGUUUGCUAUCUAAGGGGAAACAAUCUCUUAGAAACGUGUACCAAUUCACUAGAAUCAGUGGGUAUUGGGGUCAAGAGCGUAAGGGUGAAUCUAAGUCCAAGUUUGUUAAUGAGGGUCCUGAUAGCUUUGAUGGACUUGAGAUGAAGGACAUGCUGCCAAGUGGGAACCCGCCUGCUGCUUUAGAGCACCUUCCUGACAUUUCUGAACCUUCAUUACUUCUCUCAGAAAAGACAAGGAUGGUGCUCUAUGCUUCACUUCCUGCUCUUGUUAAAGGGAGGAAAUGGUUGUUGCUGUACAGUACCUGGAGGCAUGGGAUUUCGCUCUCAACUUUAUAUAGAAGAAGCAUGCUCUGGCCUGGUCCCAGUCUGCUGGUUGUUGGAGACAGAAAAGGUGCUGUUUUUGGUGGUUUGGUUGAAGCACCACUCAGACCAACAAACAAAAAGUAUCAGGGCACAAAUAGGACCUUUGUCUUCACAAAUACAUCUGGAAAUCCCGUUAUAUUCCACCCUACUGGUGCAAAUCGAUAUUACACUUUGUGCUCGACUGACUUUCUAGCAGUUGGUGGUGGUGGCCACUUUGCGCUGUACUUGGACAAUGAACUGUUGAACGGAUCGAGUUCAGUGUCAGAAACAUACGGAAACCCUUGCCUCGCAUUCUCACAGGACUUUGAAGUGAAAGAGGUGGAGUUGUGGGGGUUUGUGUACGGUACGAAGUACGAUGAACUACUUGCUGCCAGUAAAACGGAGGCUCCUGGGAUUUGCCGAUGGUGACUGUGUAGGAAAAGCUGCCUGCCAUUUCCACAGAAAUGGAGAUAUCCUUCUCUCAUUUUUGUUGCAAGUAGGCACGAGUAAGAAAGAUGGCUCUCAGCCAAUCUAAUACAGCAUGUACAUAGGAUGACGUCUCACUCACCGUAUGUGUAUAUAAUCUUGACGCAUGACUUAUGGAUCUUCGUCCCUGAUGCUGUCUGCCACCAGUCUCAAUAAGGAUUCAUUUGUCUCAAAGGAAGUUUGCUCUGGAGUUGUUGGAUGAAGUAGGGCAUUUAGGUUCGAAAUCAGUUACCACCAUUAUUCGAGUACACAUGAUGGCAGUGAUCUAUCUGGUUGAUGCCACUGCCUAUUGUAGUUUUGUUGGUAGCUGAUCUAUGUAGCACAAGACCCGAUACUAGCUUUUGCAACCCAAUAGUUUAGUCGGUUUAUGAGUGCACCUUCUGUUAUCUGCAAAAGAA